GAGUGAGAGGGCGCCCGGUGCCAUUGCGCAAGAGCGUGCGCCUGCUGCUCCGUUUUUGUGCCGCGUCUUCUUCUUCUUCGCGGAUUCGGAUUGCCCCGCCCCAGCCAUGGUGAUCGAGGAGGUGCUGCCCCUGGAGAGUUCCAGCCUGGCCCAUCUGCUGCGAGAUCCCCAGGAAAGCGGCCGCACGCUGGUGCUGGACUGCCGGCCCUUCCUCGCUUUCUGCCAGGCGCACCUGGUGGACUCGCGGCCCGUGCAUUGGAACGGGCUGCUCCGGCGCAGGUCCCGUGGCAGGACCGGAGUUAGCCUGGAUUGGCUGGUGCCCGACAGGGCGCUGUUGGGGAGGCUCCGCAAGGGAGAACUGACCCACUUGGUGGUGCUGGACGAGGCCAGCGGCUCGGUGGCGGCGCUACGGCCGGACAGCUUGGCUAGGUUGCUCCUGAACGCGCUGCUGUUGGAAGACAGAUCUGGGACCUCGCGCAUUUACCUGCUCAAAGGUGGUUUUGAGAAUUUCCAAGCCAAUUUCCCAGAACUCUGCUCUGAGACUCCGAUGUCAACUCCUUCACCUGCUCUGAGAAGCCCUGAAGACAACAGCAAUGAAGCAAUCACUCCCCUGUAUGACCAGGGUGGGCCAGUAGAGAUUCUCCCCUUCCUGUACCUGGGCAGCUGCUAUCACUCCUCCAACAGGGAGGUUCUGGAGUCCCUGGGAAUCACUGCCGUGCUCAAUGUGUCCUCCAGCUGCCCCAACCACUUCGAAGGACAAUUUCUCUACAAGAGUAUCCCAGUGGAGGACAGCCACAUGGCUGAGAUCAGCGUUUGGUUCCAGGAAGCCAUCAGCUUCAUUGAUUCAGUCAAAAACAGUGGUGGGCGAGUGCUGGUCCACUGCCAAGCUGGCAUCUCCCGCUCCGCCACCAUCUGCCUUGCCUACUUGAUCCAGAGCCGCCGGGUGCGCCUGGAGGAAGCCUUCGACUUCGUCAAGCAGCGCCGUGGGGUCAUCUCACCCAAUUUUGGCUUCAUGGGGCAGCUUUUGCAGUUUGAGACGGAGGUGCUGUGCCAUUAGCUCCGUGGCCUCUUUAUCACCUGCAGAGCCAGUUGAUAGGAAGGGGGUGGGCAGCCCUCCUUCCAAGGACAGAGAGACUGAGAUGCCUGUUUCUGUUUACAUCCCAGGACAAUAGCACUUCUUGAUUGCACUAAAUGACGCUGGAGGAUCCCUUUGGGGAGGGGAAUCCCUUCUGCAGCCAGACAAGACUUUCUCUCUUGGUUGUUUUAAACUGCCCUGCUCUUAACCUGCUUAUUGCACAAUAAAUAUCUUGGAUAAGGGCGGUGGAGGGUGGGUUAGACAGGGUGGAGGGUGAGCCGUCCCAGUUCCUCCAUUGGUGAAUCAUUGUAAGGCCAGAACCAAUGCUCCCUCUAAGCUGUGGAGUCCUGUGAGCAGAAAUCCU